AUGGUAUCAGAGCGGGAUCUUCUUGAAGAUCAAGAAAAUAUUCAAGAGGCAAGUGAUACAUCUAGUGUUUCAUCCUCAUCGUCGGAUUCAUCAUCAACAAAAUCCAACAAGUACUUUUCGCCCAAUUCACCAGAUAGAAAGAUGGCUGGAAAGAAGAGACACGAUAAUGAUCUAUUUGCGAUUCGUAACUCAGACAAUACAGGAGCGAUUAUCUGCACAACAGUGUUCAAUGGAUCAAACUACAUCGGAUGGAGCAGUGGUCUUCGGUUAGCCCUAGAAGCCAAGUCGAAGCUAGGGUUUAUUGACGGUUCACUUGUCGUGCCAAAAGAAGCAGACGACUUCGAUAGAUGGAGAAAGGUUGAUUGCUUGGUAAGAUCGUGGAUCUUGAAUACGAUUUCAGAAGAAAUCAAAACAAAUUAUUCUUCCACAACCACAGCAAGAGAUUUAUGGAUUGAUAUCAAAGAAAGGUAUCAAGAAAGUAAUGGCCCACAAGCUUUCCAUCUUCAGAAAGUUAUAAGCAAUCUCCGGCAAGGUACACUUUCUAUUGAGAAGUACUAUUCGAAAAUCAAAAAAUUGUGGGAUGAACUUUUAGUACUAGAACCUUUACCAUGCUGUGAUUGCGAUCCAAGAACAUUAUGUUGUUGUAGGAUGACGAAAUUGGUAAUCCAACUAGAUUCUUCUAACAAGUUAACACAGUUUUUAAUGGGAUUGAAUGAUUACUAUGAUAAUGCAAGACAACAAAUCCUUUUGAUGGAUCCUAAACCUAGUCUAAACCGGGCUUUUGCAAUGAUUUCAUUGUAUAAAUUAGGGUCAUAUAAAUAG